AUGCAGAGACCAGGCGGCCAGGGGACGGCGUUUUCAAUCGAUUCCCUGAUAGGGACCCCGCAGCCCAGACCGGGACACCUGCUCUACACGGGCUAUCCUAUGUUCAUGCCGUACAGACCUUUGGUUAUUCCGCAAGCUUUAUCCCAUUCGCCUUUAUCGUCUGGUAUACCUCCACUGGCGCCUUUGGCAUCUUUCGCUGGACGUCUCACCAAUACGUUCUGUGCGAGUUUGGGACAGGGGGUGCCCUCCAUGGUUGCGCUCACUACGACGCUGCCAAGUUUCUCGGAUCCUCCGGACAGUUUCUAUCCACCUCAAGAGCUGCCGGGACCCCGUUUAAGUGCUGUCGAUCCGGGGGCGAGGAGGCAGGAAAGUCCGCACUCCGAGGAGCUGCACACCAGGGACAAGGGCUCCGAGCUGCUAAACUUCUCUGAAACUUUUCAGACAAUAUCAGGUGAGACCAAACUGUACAGUUCAGAUGACGAGAAGUUGGAGCUAAAGUCAGCAGACACGGUGUGCAGCGACCGUGAGGACAGCUCUGCAGACAGCGAGAACGAAAGCUUCUCAGACGGGAACAACUGCAGCUCCCUUUCCCAAAAGAGCAAACUAAAAACCGGCUCGCAGGAGGCGCUACCGACGGGAAGCUCUGCCGGGAAGAGCCGGAGGAGACGAACAGCCUUUACCAGUGAGCAGCUCCUUGAACUUGAAAAGGAGUUUCACUGUAAAAAGUACCUUUCUCUCACCGAGCGCUCCCAAAUAGCACAUGCACUUAAACUGAGCGAGGUGCAGGUCAAGAUUUGGUUUCAGAACCGCAGGGCCAAAUGGAAAAGGAUCAAAGCCGGCAACGUCAACAACCGGUCAGGAGAGCCGGUGAGAAAUCCCAAAAUUGUGGUCCCCAUCCCGGUGCACGUCAACAGGUUUGCUGUGAGGAGUCAGCAUCAACAAAUAGAACAAGGGACCAGGCCAUGA